AUGCUGUUUGUUCCGCUCGUUUUGCUCACUGCCUUGACUGGAGGAGCCCUAGCCCAAUCUACUACAACCCUGCCAUUCAACCCAACCGUCGCAUCAGCCUACGCCUGCCAGUCCUCUUGCCAGUCGUUCCUUGCUGACGGUGUGCGUGCCGAUGAUGCCACCUUUAGUCCUUCUCCGGUUCGGAAUGAGGCCUUCUACCAGACGUCUAAGAAGUUCCACAAAUCGCGCCCCGGAGACCUAUUGAAGCUGGAGCCCAUCCGAAACCUGAGCUCCUAUAGCUUCACGAACGAGAUCCCCGCAGGAACCACACUCUAUGCCAUUCAGUACGUCUCGCUCGGUCUAAACGACACCAAGGUCCCAGCCACUGGAUUCAUCGCCCUCCCUUUCGCGUUAGCUGACUCUGCAUCCGAUUCUUGCCCGGGAUCGAAAUCGAGGUUCCCGCUCGUCUCCCUUUCGCAUGGCACGAGCGGCUUCAACCCAAAUUGUGCCCCAAGCCAUAGUCCAAACUUCUACGACUACUUCAGCUGGACGCCCUUGCUUCUGUCCGGCUUCGCCGUCGUCGCCACCGAUUACGCCGGCCUUGGAUCAAACUACACGCGGCAUCCCUACAUCGCGGCGCAAAUCAACUCCAACGACGUCUACUUUGCUGCCCGGGCAGCCCAGGCGGCCUUUCCGGACAUACUGACCGAGCGCUGGGGGGCUGUCGGCCAUUCCCAGGGCGGCGGAUCCGUAUACGCGCUGACGGAGAACGAGUUGGUUAAGAACGACACCAACUUCAUCGGAUCGGUCGCCAUUGCACCUGUCGGCCGCAUCCACGACCAGCUCCGACUCUCAGGCAUCGGUCCAUCGCUAAACAGCGGACCCCCUCCGGCCCAAGCUGCUCUGGGCUAUCUCACUCUGCACACCUGGGCCCUGGAGACCGCUUUCCCGGCUGUCAACGUGACUAGCUUCCUUUCUGAUACCUUUGCCAGGAGAUACGCCCUCGCCCAGAAGCUGAACCUCUGCCUUUCUGGUGCAUCCUCUCUCACCGGAGACUUGACCAUGAAAGAGCUCUUCGCCCCGAAUGGAGGAGAAGAGAAGUGGUUCUCCCAACUCAAGAAGCUACAGGAUGCCUACGGCGCUGGCCUCGGCCGCAAGGCAUUUUCGCCGUUGCUAAUUGUUCAGUCCGAGGGCGACAUGGCUGUUCCUUGGAAGUCGGCCGAACUUGCGUAUAACACAUCCUGUGCCGUCGGAAACGAGGUCCACAUGACUCUGCUACCUCUGUUAGAUCACUCAGCCACUGUUGGUGCCACUUCUGGUGUAUGGGUCCCAUGGUUGAAGGAAAGAAUCUUGCAGUCCGACACAGUUUCGAAAUCAGGAUCGAAGGGGUGUUCUUUUGAAAGAAUCCGUGCUAUUGACCAAUCAGCCGCCUAUGCACCACUAGAUUCGCAAGGAUAA